UUUGUAGUUUUGAAGUUUUAGAAGUGGUGGUGAUUGCAACCCCAUGAGCCAUGGCCCCGCUGUCGCUGAAGAUAGUCCUGGACGAGGGCGCGGUGACCCGCACGCUCAAGUUCGAGUCGUCCACCACGGUCGCCGCCGCCCAGGCGCAGGUCAAGGAGAAGAUACUCACGGGGGACGAUGGGAAAGUAUACGGCCUGUUCCUGACGUCAGCUGACGAUGAGCGCUCAGGAGUGUGGCUGGAGGGCCACCGGCAACUGGACUACUACAUGCUGCGCGACGGGGACCAGCUUCACUACCUGUGCCGCAUGAGGAACCUGCGCGUCAGGUUACUGGAUGGAUCCGUGAGGACGUUACAAGUGGACGAGUCCAAGACAGUUGAGGAGCUGAUGGUGGACAUCUGCGCCAGGCUCGGCAUCACAAACCACGACGAAUAUGGCUUGUGUCACGACCGGGAAACAGAGCAGGAUGAGAACAAACUGCCAGCCGGCACGGGGACGCUGACGCUCAAGCGCGUGGCCCAGAAGAAGGAAAGAGAUGCCAAGCUCGAACAGCUGAGCAAGAAGAUCAAGACUGAUGAUAACGUGGAGUGGCUGGAACAAAAGUCCACCCUUCGCGAGUUGGGCGCGGGAGACGCGCCGUUGCUGCUAAAACGCCGUCUGUUCUAUUCCGACCGAAAUGUGGACGCAAGAGACCCGGUACAGUUGAACCUGUUGUAUGUGCAAGCCAGAGAUGCUAUCUUGGAAGGAAGACAUCCAGUCACAGAGGAUCAGGCGGUGGAGUUUGCGGGCAUUCAGUGCCAGGUGCAUUACGGCGACUUCCAGGAAGACAAGCAUAAGCCUGGGCUGAUCGAAAACCUAAACGAGUACCUGCCUGAGCAGUAUUCAGGAUCAUGGGGCGCCGAGAAGAAGAUCCUGAAGGAAUACCGCAAGCACAGCGGCCUCAGCCCCAUUGAAGCCAAGUAUCUCUACACCAAGACCGCCAGGGACCUGCCCACUUAUGGAGUCACAUUCUUCUUGGUCAAGGAAAAACAAAAAGGCAAGAAGAAGCUGGUGCCCCGAUUGUUGGGUAUCAACGCAGAGUCGAUCCUGCGCCUCGACGAGGUCACGAAAGAGAUCCUGCAGGUGUGGCCAUUGACUCAGGUCAAGACCUACCACGCCGGCAAGUCCGAGACUUUCACCUUGAACUUUGGGGACUACAGUGACAAGGAGUACAGCGUGAAGACGAACGACGCGCAUCGAAUCCGAGACAUCUUGCAAGGCUACAUCGACCUCAUUCGCCGCCGCAUGGAAGCCAAGUGGCAGGCCGAGAGCGCCGUCCACCACGCUGUAGGCGAGGAAUACGUGGAGGCUGGCAGGGGUCACCUGAUGGAGCACAUUCAGCACAACUCCAAGGCUCUAGUGGAGGAGACGUUUGUUGGCCCGAGCAAAAUCAUCUCUUAUGAACCAGGCCAGGUAAUCACUCAAGGAACACAAAUAAUGACAGUUCAGCAAGUAGUGGUCACCGAUAAAGGAAGCAAUCGCCAAAAUAUUGUGGUCGGUCAAGUUCCAAUGCGGCGAGACAUGUCACUGGACUUCGUCAGGAAACUUAAUAAGCUCAACUCUAACUCCGUCAAAAUCGUGUCUUUCUUAGCUGAGCCAAGCGAAAGCAACAUAGAAGAAGCGAGAAAACUAAUCAAAACUAUGGAAGCUGACAUGCCCAGCAUUAUUGAUGGAGUUCACGAGUCUGCUAAGAAGCAGCCUACCGAAGAGGCGCGAAAGAAGCUUCUGGACGAACUGCAAGAGCUGUGCGACUGCAUGAAGGCACUCUCAGAGGCUACCUCAGGCGAUCUUAAUUCAGAAAAAGCUGAAGAUGCUGCUAUGAGGAUUGCAGACUUGUCCACACAGAUGUACUUCUCUUUGGACCCUCGCACGCUCAAGAGAGGCGAGCUAUGUCGGCGCUCGCGCAAUAGCUUCAUCCAGGACGACAAGAUGGACGCCACGCUCCGAAGGGCUUCGUUCAUCGCGGCCGCUCAGAUCGCUUGCGGGACUAUCGACCACGCUAGGGCGGCGCUUGAACAGAAUUACGAAGGACCAAUACUAGACGCGUCGGCCGUGGAGGAGCUUGAGAAAGCUGCCGAAGCUAAGAUGGGCAAGCUCAAUGCAGCUGUAGCAUUGUACCUCACUGCUUAUGCAGAUCCGAAAAACGUAGAUUAUUCAGCGGCAGUCACUUCUAUGAACACCAUCAACGAACUGUUGCCGGAGUUGACCAAAGACGCCAUGAUGCUGAGUGGAGUUAAAGAUGGCAAUUCAAGGCAAGACUUGUUGGACGAAAUCAAAGCGCUGUGUGAUGCUGCCAAGAGGGUUUGCCUUAUAACGGACCCUGAUGAUCAUGAGAAAAUCCAAGAAGCAGCGUACGAAUACGGCCGCGUAUCAGAGAAGCUGAUGUUUACGUUCAGACGCAAAUCGCCACAAAGGACCAGCGAGCUCGUGGACUUGGCUAAAGAUAUCGGCCGCAAGACAUCGUUCCUGGUGGCAGGCGCGCGGGAUCUAGCAGCAAUGGUUUUUAGCGAGCCGGCCGCGGCUGGCGUGGACGAGGCUGGCACUCGAUGCGCUGAUUCGGCCAAGGAUCUUCUGGCUUGUGCUACGGUGACGUCACCAUCAAUCCACGAGCCGCACUGUCAAAGUGCGCUGACAGCGGCAGCUGAGACGCUGUCAUCAGCAGCACAGCACCUCGCAGCCGCUUGGAAGCCGCUAGUGGAAGACCCUUCGAGGAAGCAGAUCGGAGACGAUCUCAAGGACAAGACCCUCGACCUGGCCAAAGCAUUGGAUAGACUGAAGAAUGCCUUCGCUAACUUGAACGGAGCUGCCAGCGAUGACUCCGAUGAUGACCCGAUAAGGAAGGGCCAGCGGCUGCAGUUCAUCACCACCGUUGCUGAUGCUAAGAACAGGCUGGCCGAGGCUGAAGAUGAACUCAAGAAGGCUCUAUCCGAAGCCCCAUUGGACAAGGCUUCAGCGAGCGAGCUGCAAAGGAAACUGGCGCAAAGGGUGGCCCAACUGAACGCCGCGUUGGCCGCCCUUGUGGCCGCUACUUCAGAUCGAGAAAACCCAGACUACACAACGGCUGAUCUGGCUGUCACCACGAUCACUGAACUAAUGCCCGACAUUGUAAAGGAUGGUAAAGCUCUAAGCGCUACGAUGGACGAUAAGAGUCGCGAGGCUAUGAUGCGUGAAUUAAAAGCACUUUGUGACGCCAGCCGCGGCGUCUGCGAGGCCAGCGAGCAUGGAGGCACGGAGGCCCUCAACAACUCAGCCUCCAAGUUCGCGAAGACGUCAGGCAAGCUCUUCUACGUGUUCAAUCCUCGCGCAAACCAGAAUAAGGAGAAUGAGAUCAUGGGCGCGUCGUCAGCAGCGUUUGUGCAGGCGUCGGCCAUGUUGGCUAAAGUGCAGCAGUUAGCAGCUGACGUAGGCGGCGAAUCAGGCGCCGAGCUGGACCGCGCGGGAACUAAGGUCGCUGACGCCGCCAACACUCUACUCACAUCUGCUCAGCUGACCGCACCAUGCAUAGAAGACUCUCGCUGCCAGGCCGGCCUGCUGUCUUCAGCCAACAGCCUCUCAUCAGCCGCCCAGCAGCUGGCCUCCACCUGGACACCACUGCUGCAGGACCCGCAUCAUCAGGACCUGAGGAAGAAGCUGGAAGGAGACCGCCAACAGCUGGAGAAAGAGUUAGAGCGGUUGAGGAACUCUUGCCAAGUGGCUGCAAGUGGAGACGGUCCCUCGGGCCGCAAGUCUGCUAGUCCGGACAAGCAGCGCCUGCAGUUCAUUACUACCGCGGCUGCCGCCAAGAAACAGGUCGAGGCUGCUGAAAAGGAACUUAACAAGCCCGCGAUAGCGCCGAAUGGCCCGGCGGCGACCGCGGAUCUGAAGCACAGGCUGUAUGACAGCGCCGCGCAUCUCAACGCAGCCGUCGCCGCGCUCGUCGCCGCCGCCGCCGACCGUGAAAAUCCUGACUACGUAGCGGCAGACAACGCCAUGAACACAAUAAACCAACUCCUGCCGCAGGUAGUAAAAGAUACAAAAUCAGCCACUUCGGGCGAAGACGACAAGACUCGAGAGGAAAUAUUGCGCGAACUCAGGGCACUGUGUGACGCCGCGAGAGGCAUUUGCGAGAGCGCGGGUGCCGCCUCCAAUGAGGAUCUGAACAGAUCAGCGGCGAAACUAGCCUGCGCGACCGGCAAACUGGUGUACGUGUUCAAUCCCCGUGCCAGCCAGGACAAGGAACACGAGAUUCUGGAUGUGUCAUCAUCCGCGUGUGAGAAAGCCUCGCAGCUGCUGAACGAUGUGUACCAACUAGCUGCCGAAGCGGAUGGUGAAGCUGGCUCACAGCUCGACGGCGCCGGCUCCAAGCUGGCCGACGCUGCCAAUGCCUUGCUCACCACGGCGCAGCUCACAGCUCCGUGCAUGCAAGACCCUCGCUGCCAGGCAUCUCUAGUCGCAUCAGCUAAUGCGGUAUCCGCCGCCAACCAACACCUGGCUUCCACCUGGCUACCAGUUAUCCAGGACCAGAAGUACCAGGCCCUUGGCGAGAAGAUACAGAAGGGAAGGAGCGAAUUAGAGGACGAGCUGGAGAGAUUGAAGAGGGCGUGUCGUGUCGGUGACAGUGGAAAUGAAGUGCAAGUGAAAGGCGUCACCCGACCAGCGCUGACAAAGGACCCGAAACACUUGAAGUUUGUCAGCACGGCAGCCGAGGCAGAGAGCGUUCUCCAAAAGGCCGAGAAGGAAUUAGAUAAGCCAAUAGUGGCAGCUAAAGGCGGCCAAAUGCCAGCUGACCUACAAAACAGGUUGGCUCAAAGUCUCGCCCAGCUCAAUGCUGCCAUCGCUGCACUUCUAACUGCUACGGCAGAUCGUGAGAAACCAGACUACGAAACUGCGGAACAGUCCAUUCAGGCUAUCAACCAGCUGAUGCCACAAGUUGUGAAAGAUACUAAGGCACUUAGUGAUAGCAAAGAUGAGAAGGAACGUCAGGCGUUAUUGGAUGAAUUGAGGAGUAUGUGCGAGGCGACUCGCGGUAUAUGCUCUAGCGCGAGAGACGGCAACCACGAGGAUCUGAACAGUUCAGCGACGAAGCUAGCUAACGCGAGCGGCAAACUGGUGUUCCAGUUCAAUCCGCGCGCCAGCCAGGAUAAGGAACGCGAG